UCCCUCCACACUUGUUUUCGGCCAUGCUGAGGGAAAGGCUCUUCUGUUUUACAGGCAUGCCAGUGGCAACAAGAGUCAUGCUUAUGUGGAUCUGCAUCUGCAUUUGGCUUCCAGCUCAGGUCCAGGGAGCUCUGGUUGUUUCCCCCAGAGAUGCUCUGACACAGGAGACCAAACACACUAUGGGCACCAGGCCAAUAAAGAAAAGAAGCACAAACUCUGAAAAUAUUGUGGAGGUGCACAGCAUGAAGGUAGACUGCACUGUGACGUCUCGUUUCGCCCACACUGUCAUGUCCUCCACGGCUCUGAACAAAGCAAACACCUCUCAGGAAAUCUUUUUCGAAGUGGAGCUGCCCAAGACCGCCUUCAUUAGCAACUUCAGCAUGAAAAUUGAUGGUCAGGAGUAUGUUGGUGAGGUGAAGGAGAAAGAGAAAGCCAAGAAACAAUAUGAAAAGGCUGUUUCCUCUGGACAAACUGCUGGACUGGUGAAGGCUUCAGGAAGAAAGAUGGAGAAGUUCUCAGCGUCUGUUAACAUUGCAGCCAAAAGCAGCGUGGAUUUCAUUCUGACCUACGAGGAGCUCCUUCAGAGAAAAUUGGGCCAAUAUGAGAUUCUGACUCGAGUUAAACUCAAACAACCGGUGCAGGAGUUUCAGAUUGUGGCAGACAUCUAUGAGCCCCAAGGCAUUUCUUUUGUUGACACCGCUGCAACUUUCCUCUCCAAUGACCUGCUCUCCCUAGUGGAGAAAACAGUCACAGACACACAGGCACACAUCUCUUUCUCACCAACACUGGAGCAGCAGAGGAAAUGUUCAGGAUGUGCAGACACCAUAAUUGACGGAGACUUCGUCAUCAAGUAUGAUGUGAAGCGAGAAGAGAGCUUCGGGGAAAUUCAGAUUGUGAAUGGGUACUUCGUGCAUUUCUUUGCUCCGUCUGACCUGCCCAGAGUCCCGAAGAAUGUGGUGUUUGUGAUUGACAGGAGCGGGUCAAUGAGUGGACAAAAGAUGAGACAGACCCGGCAGGCACUGGAAGCCAUUCUGAAUGACCUCCACGAGGAAGACCACUUCGCUCUCAUUGUGUUCGAUAGCACCAUUCUGACCUGGAGGAACACUCUUACCAAAGCAACAAAGGACAAUGUGUCUGAAGCCAUUGUUUAUGUCAGGAAAAUACAUGACAAUGGAGCCACCAAUAUCAAUGAUGCUCUGCUGAAGGCAGUGAGCAUGCUGGUCAAUGAAAGAGAAAGUGGCAACCUUCCAGAGAGGAGUGUGGAUAUGGUUAUUUUGCUGACUGAUGGAAUGCCAAACCAUGGAGAGUCUAACCUCCAGCAGAUUCAGAAGAACAUACAGUCUGCUAUUGCAGGGAAGAUGUCCAUGUUCUGUCUUGGAUUUGGAAAUGAUGUGGAUUACUCCUUCCUGGAUGUAAUGUGCAGACAAAACAAAGGACUGGCCCGCAGAAUUUUUGAGGCUUCAGAUGCAACACUUCAGCUUCAGGGUUUCUAUGAUGAAGUGUCCAGUCCUCUGCUCUUUGAGGUGGACCUGCGAUACACUGGCAAUGCAGUGGACUUCCUGACAAAAACUCACUACAGCCAGUUGUUUAAUGGCUCAGAGAUUGUGGUGUCCGGUCAGAUGACGAACACUGACUACGAAAACUUCGUAGUGGAAGUGUCUGCCAAGGGGCCUGAAAACGACUUCUGGGCGCAGGGUAAGGCCCGUGUGCUAAACAUGGAUGUGACCUACCCAGAAAAAGGGUACAUCUUUGGGGACUUCGCAGAGCGUCUCUGGGCCUACCUCACCAUCCAGCAGCUACUGGAGAACAGUGAAAUUGGCACUCAGCAGGAGAAAGACACCAGGACAACUAAGGCCAUGGACAUGUCCCUGCAAUACAGCUUUGUCACCCCUGUCACCUCCAUGGUGGUCACCAAGCCUGAAACUGAGGACAGUUCAAGCAGCCUGCUCAUCGCUGAUAAGUUGACUGAGGACCAGCGUCAGAAAGAAGAGAAAUUUGGUGCUUCAUCCUGGGUCAGAGCUUCCUCUCACCAUAGGCAGUCACACGGUUCCACCCGGUCCAAACUUUCCAGUUCUCGUAGCCGAUCAAAUGUGGACGGAGAUCCUCAUUUUAUGAUAGAGCUCCCAGACAGAGACGACGCUUUGUGCUUCAACAUCAACGACAAACCAGGAGCUAUUUUCAACCUGGUCAGAGACCUCAAAUCAGGAUUUGUGGUGAAUGGCCAAAUCAUUGGCAAGAAGAAAGUUGCGGAUGGUAAUGUCAACACUUACUUUGGCCGACUUGGCAUCAUCCACCAGAAGCUGGGGGUGAGGCUGGAGGUGAGCACUCAGGAUAUCUCAGUCUCCCACGAUGGAAAGCAAAUCAAGCUGCUGUGGUCUGAUGAAACUUCAAUCAAAGAAACCAAUAUGGACUUGAGCCUGACUAAGAACUGCAGCCUGACAGUGACCCUGAGGCACUCAGUAAAAUUUGUGGUCAUCAGACACACAAAGGUUUGGAGGAGACGCCACUACCAACAGGACUACCUCGGUUUCUACACCCUGGACAGCCACCAUCUGUCUGCUUCCGUCCAUGGUCUUCUAGGUCAGUUCUACCACGGGGUUCAGUUUGAGGUGACGGACCUGCGUCCAGGUGAACUCCAGGAGAACUUAGAUGCUACCAUGUAUGUGAAGGGACAAACACUCAACGUGACCAGACACUGGCAGAAGGACUUCAGCAGCCAAGUGAGGAACGGGGAAAAUAUUCCCUGCUGGUUUGUUAACAACAAUGGAACAGGCCUAAUCGAUGGGAGAGCCUCCGACUACAUUGUGUCAGGGCUUUUUAAGACGUCUUUUUGAAUUGUGAAAAAUUGAAAUCUCAAUUGCACUGGGACCAUAUACUUAUUAUCAAAGAGUGUUUUGUGGGGAGAGACUGCAGAUUAAUAUAAGUCACAAUGUGCCUUCAUUCAGAAAAUUAUGGUUUGUGAAAGUUAGAAUGUGUGCAAGGUAAAGUGUAAGUGUUUACUGAUGACAUAAAGAUUUCUGAUAUUCAGCUGCCAUAAAACUAUAUAAGCCUGCAAACUCCACAUAACAAAUUAACACUUCAACUAAAUGUCCUGCUGUAAAGCAUGCUUGCUUCCUGUCAGUGUGGGAACUUUGGAUCAAAUCAUGGUACAGUGAAAGUUCAGUAAUUAGUCUCUAAAUCAGAUGUAACUCAUUUCAGAUGAUCACUAAGCUAUUUAACAUUCUAUAUUAACAUCAUGUAAGAGUCAACUGUACACAUUUUGUAUGUGGGUACUGCCUGUGUAAACUGUCUGUAAAGUAAAGUUGGACCUAUGCUUAAUGUACCUCACAGGAUUAAUACUAGUAAUAUACAGUAGAUGUGUUCAUUCAUUAGCUCAAUAAUUGUAUGUUCAUCUAACAAACCUCACCAUCUGUCUUACAGUCAUAUUUUUCACUUAAUUGAACAUCUUUUUAUUACAUAAAAGCUAUAUCACAAGAGUGA